UGGUAAUUGCCAUGGAGCUUGCGGAAGACUGGCUGGUGGAAUCCUUGCGCUUGUACCAGGACUUCCAUGCAUUUGACCUCUCAAGUGCCACGCGAGUCCUUGAAUGGAUUGGUGACAAAGGAGUUUUUGUUGCUGGCUCUGAAAGCCUGAAAAAAAAUGAAAUUCUUCAUCUGAUGUUACCUCUCAGACUGUCUGUAAAAGAAAACCAGGGCUUAUUUCCAGAAAGAGAUUUCAAGGUGUGCCAUGGAGGAUUUUCUGACAGGUCUGUCUUUGAUCUGAAGCACGUGCCAGACACCAGGUUGCUGGUGACCAGUGGCCUUCCAGGUUGUUACCUGCAGGUGUGGCAGGUCGCAGAAGACAGUGAUGUCAUCAAAGCCGUCAGCACCAUUGCGGUGCACGAGGAAGAGCGGAGUCUCUGGCCCAGGGUCUCUGUCUUCUCAGCAGCGGCCCCCGGCGUGCUGCACGGGGUGCGGCUCAGCGACCUGAAGGUUGUGGACCUGGAAUCCCAGAAGGCCACGUACACCUCAGGUGUCAGUGACAGUGAGGAGCUCAGUAGCCUGCAGGUCCUGGAUGCAGACACCUUUGCCUUCUGCUGCGCCUCGGGCCGGCUGGGGCUCGUUGACACCCGCCAGAAGUGGGCGCCGUCGGAGCGUGGCAGCCCCGGCCCCGGGGGAGGGCGGUGGUGUGCAGAAGUCCGGGGCGGGGCCCAGGACCCGGGGCCCAACAUCGCCAGCCUUUGUUCAGAUGGGCAGCUCUGCCUCCUUGAUCCUCGGGACCUCUGCAGCCCCGUGAGCUCAGUCCAGUGCCCCGUGUCCACACCCAGCCCCGACCCCGAGCUGCUGCGAGUGACCUGGGCUCCAGGCCUGGACCGCUGCUUGGCCAUUUCAGGUUUUGAUGGGACAGUCCAGGUCCAUGAUGUCACAUCUUGGGACGGAAUAGAGGGCCAAAUAGAACCCCUCUUCACUCACAGAGGUCACAUCUUCCUGGAUGGCGAUGGGACAGGCCCCGCUCCGCUGGUCACCACCCACACCUGGCACCCCCGCAAACCAAGGACCUUGUUAUCAGCGGCGAGUGAUGCCUCUCUGCACGUGUGGGACUGGGUGGACCUCCGCGCCCCCCGCUGACACCAGCGUCCUCCUGCCGGGCCUCCAGGAAGAGGAGCUGCUGUACGUACAACAAGGGAACUGAGUUAGGACUCAAGUGACGACAGGUCCCUGUUACCAGAGGAGGGGCCUCGGGCCAGGUUAGCAGCCUCCCUUCGCCUCAAUGUCUUUAUUCGUAAAAUGAGAAUAGUUAAGUAACUACCUCACAGGGUUGUUGGUGAAGUUAGAGGAAAUAUAUGGAAAAACACCAGGUAGGAUACUUGAAAGAUUUGGUGGCUUCUCCUCUUAGAUCUGAGCACUUGGGGGCGACAGGACCCUGCUGCUUACAGCAGGUUUAGGUCCCAUGGGCAUGUGGCGCAAGAGACGCCUUCCUGACCUAACGGGCUGCGGGAGGCACCCUCUAGAGUCACGUCGACCGUAGGCAGUCCUUCUCUGUGCACUGACUGCGGCGCACCCCCCACGCAAGCGCGGCUCCCAGCACUUCGUACAGUUGGGAGGCUGAUGAGACAUAGUGAUGAAGACACCUGUGUGGGAGGCAGACAGACCAGGACGCAAGUCCUGCCUGUGUUCAGUUCUCUCCUCUGACGUGGGCCUAUUGUAGCACCGCCUGGCGGAAGGGCUUUUGAUGAUCUGUGACAUUGCAAAAAUAUAAGUUGUUGCAUUAGGAUGUUGGUUGGUUUCUAUGAAUGUUUUCAGCUUUGUCUCCAUUCACCAAUAGCGAUAGAUCACAACUUAGGUGAGAGGGCACUGACGUUAAAACGAACUUACAUGGAUCUUCUUACCAAGGGCAAGCGUAGAAAAAAAACCUAAUUGAUUUUCCAGGUCAGAAUUUUGGACUCCACCAGCCUCUUGUGGGUUAUAUACAUCUCCAUGAAGAGAAUUCAGUUGGUAAAAAUUUACUGAGUUCCUGUCAUAUCCCAAGCCCUGAGCUGGGUGCUGAAGACAGAGUUUGGCACCUCAGUAUGGGUGUGAACGUAAAAAAUAAAAGAUCCAUAGGAGAGAGAUGUGUGACAGGUCACAGGCACUGAAGUUGGAGAGAGUAGGGAGUGGUAGGCAGGGUCAGGCCUGCCGCAAAAAUGGUGUCCUCGGGGAGGAACUGAUGGGAAACGUUCUCGUAGUAAAGCUUGAUAAAGACAGGUCAAGGGACUUCUGGUUCGCAACCUUCCCCUGGUGCCUAGCACAGUGAUGGAAUUAGUGAUGGAGAUUGCACAGUCAGCGUGGAUCGGUUUAGCAGCGGUCACUGCCUGGGUUAGGAAUCGCCUCCUCAUGUCUAAUUUAGUUGAUUCUGGAUAGAGAUGAUUCGGGAGGCCACCUGGCUCCUUAGCCAAAGCUGCGGCCCCAAGUCUAGGUUACAAAUUGGGUAGAGCUGGCAAAGGACACUGGAAAGGUGUGAGCACUGGUCAAGCACACAGAUGUAGGCUCACCCAAAAGUGUGCUCUUUGAAGCAACUGAUUUUUACUCCCUGAAGGUCUUGGGCCAUUUUCAGCCCGGAGCAGGAGGUGGGAUGGUGGAGAGGCGAGGUGUGGGUUGGUUCAGGUUUUUUGACACAUUAAAAGACAGUAUCAAGCCCUGGCUGGUGUGGCUCAGUUGGAGCAUCGUCCCAUAAACCAAAAGGUCAGGGUAUAUGACUGGGUUGCAGAUUCAGUUCCUGGUUGGGGUGUGUACAAGAGGCAACCAAUCAAUGUUUCUCUCUUACGUCAAUGUUUCUCUCCCUUUCUCCCUCCCAUCCCCUCUCUCUAAAAUCAGUAAAUUUGUCCUCAGAUGAGGAUAAAAAAUAAGUGCAUAAUAAAUAAAAAAUAAACAACAGAGUCAGGAAAAGAAUGGACUUGACUUUAUUAGGGAACAUUGAGCAUCCAUCCUAUAAGAGCCAAGGUCCCAUUCUGAGCACGGCUGGACGUUUUCUGGAAACAUCUUACCCACUCUCCUCAUAACAAACCCCUCCACCUGCCAUCACCCCCAUCUUUACUGUUUCAAGGCUCAAGGACUCACAAACAAAGCCCUGCUAGCACCCUAAAAUCAAGGGCGACCUAUGUAGGACAACUGAUUUAAGCCCAGAGCUCCCCUAGGGACAGAUGGCGUGUCCUCAAAACGAACACUUCCAAGUAACUUUCAUAGUAUACAAAAGCAACUGGACAAUUCUAGCUCUGCAUGUGUACAAUAAAGAAACAAAACAAAACACUUGAAUGAGGAGCUACCAAAUGUGCAGAGCAGUGAUUACGGAGCAUUGUGUCCCCGGGGUAAAGACACAAGCCCACCCUGCAGAGCACAGGCCUGCUGCACCCCCGAUGGAAGAGAACCUGCCUUCCACCAGGGGUGCCCAGCUGGGGGGCUCCGUCUUCACACUCAAAAACCAAGCCCCAUGAAGACGCGUGCAUUUCCCAGCAGCUAACUUACCACAGGACAACAGCAGGCAAGCCAACGCACACCUCGUUUCCCCCUCCCUCGGCAGGCCCGGCCCAACUCAUCAGUGGAAAGGCUACCGGGACCCUGGUUCCAGGACAUACCCUGUGGCUUGGUGUUUCUGACAAUUUAUCGAGAGAAAAGGACUGGACCUUCAUGUGGUGACUCAGAAUGGAAGAAGCCUCUCCACCCUGACCUGAAACGCAAGCCCAGGGCAGACCGGGAAGAAGAGCUGGCGCUGACAGGGCAAGGGGCCUGGAAUGCUGGCAGCCGGGCUGCAGCCGCCUCCACCCAGCAACACAGCAGCGCGCCAGCCAGGCUGCACCAACUGAGUCCCAGAGCAUCUCUGAGGACUCAGGGAUGCAGGCCAGGCUGUCUGGCAUUCCACCACUCCUCUGUUCUACCAAAGAGCGACUGGGCACAGAGGGACCAGCAGAGAGGAAGCCAACCAAGCCAUGAAAUGAAACAGAAAAAGACCCAACUUCCUGACCUUCCAGUCCUAC